CUAUAAAGCUCACAGCGCAAAGGGGCAAAGGAGCAGGUAGAGGGAGUAGGAAGAGGAUAUUUCAAGCGCGCCUUUUAGGAAGCAAAACAGAAAGUUGGAAAGAGCGUCUCAGGCAACCGAAAGUAGUCACGGUGCUUACAAGAGCUGCAGGAGAUUAAAUAAGGAAGAGAAAGUGGAAAGUUGGGAAACAAGUGAACAGUUAAGAGAAGGCGGAGUGUGUCUUAUUUGUGUAUCUGUGUGUGUAUGUGUGUGUGUGGACGACUGACACAGGCAAAACAAAGAAAAAAGGAGGUCACAAGUCUAGCCUGUCUAAACCUGUCUCCAUGCUAUGCAACUAAAGCAGUGCUAGAGACACAAAGACACAGAGACACAGAGACAGAGCUGGCCACUUCACUUCAGCACCAUGUUGAUGAAAGAGUACAGAAUAUGCAUGCCUCUCACAGUGGAGGAGUACCAGAUCGGGCAGCUCUACAUGAUCAGUAAGCACUGCUGUGAGCAGAGUGGAGGAGGGGAGGGAGUGGAGGUGGUGAAGAAUGAGCCUGAGGUGCACCCACAGUACGGCAACGGUCAGCUGACGGAGAAGAGGAUCUACCUCAACAGUAAACUGCCCGGAUGGGCCAAAGCCUUUGUGCCGCGCUUCUUCUAUGUGACAGAGAAGGCCUGGAACUUCUACCCCUACACAAUCACAGAGUACUCGGUAUCAUUCCUGCCCAAGUUCAGCAUCCGCAUUGAGACCCGAUUUGAGAACAACAAAGGCGAUAACCACAAUGUGUUUGGGGACAAUCCCACCCCAUCGGAGAACGUCGUUUUCCUGGACAUCCUCAGCGACCCCAUCCCCGACAGGCACUACAAAGAAGCAGAGGACUUGAGUCGGUGGCAGUCGAGUAAAACGGGCCGAGGUCCUCUGGAGAAGGGCUGGGUGGAGGAAAACCAGCCCAUCAUGUGCUCCUACAAACGGGUCCAAUGCAGCUUCGAGGUCUACGGCUUCCAGACCAAGACGGAAGAGUUCAUCCACAGAAACAUAAAGGACAUUCUCUUGCUCGGACAUCGACAAGCGGUGGCCUGGAUCGACGAAUGGCACGGACUCACUCUGGAGCAGGUGCGGGAGUACGAGCGCAUCAUGCAAGAGAAGACCAACUGCAAAGUCAAAAGUAACACAGGCCCCCCGCAAGCCUCUCGCCCCACGUUCUCUCGCUCCAUCUCAGUGACGGACGAGCUUUCACUGAAGAAGAUGGGAGUGCCGACCGCAGUCAUGCCUGACUCCGCCCCCUCAACGCCGCACGGCCACGGUCGCCUCAACUCUACACCUGAAUGAGUCUCCUACAGCGCAAGGACACCUAUAGAAGACACUGGACAAUUCGAUACUGUGACUAUCUUGGUUUUCUACGCUAAAAAUCUCUUCAAAAAUGGUCACGUCAGUUACUUUUUCCCCAUACACAUAUACACUGAUACUGGUCAGCUAAAACUGCAUACUUUUAGUACUUUUACAAGACAAAUGGGUCUGGAAUUUCAGAUGGCCGUGAUUGACAAACAUGGCAGCAAACAAAAGGAUGAGAUGGAUUUCAGCAGAAUGAAUAAGCAAAGCACUAAACUCUUAUAUAUCUGAGGUUAAAGAGCUAUUUAUUUUGUUUUAAAUUAUGCAAUAUUUUUAAAGUUACCAUCUGUAAGUUUAUUUGUUUUGUUUUUACCCGUAGCUGGAUGUUAAGCUCGGCUAAUGGAGACUCUAAUAAUAAGCUAAACGAAACUCCGCCAAUGCAGCCAGGUGUUUAAUGGUCUCGAAUUAGGGCAGAGGCUGGUGAUGUCACAGGCCUCCUCAAAUCUAUUGGCCAUUGGAAGCAGCACACACAUAGAUUUGGCCAUUUCUGGACCACACAUCUGCAAAUGAACAUAGUUAGCACUAAAAUGGUAAAAAAAAUAAAAAUAAUAA